AUGGAGAUUCAUUUUUAUUUGGGGGGUGGGGUGGGGUGCCAUCCUGAGCAACUUAGGGUGCCUGGCAGUGCCUCCCCUCCCCUUAGACUCCACGUCGAGAUGGAUGGCAGCAACGGUCGGGAGAAUGUGUCAGACUUAACUCGGGGAGCGGGAAACUCUCCCGUUACACGAAUGAACCCCGCAUCGGGAGCUCUGAGUCCUCUUCCCCGGCCCAAUGGAACUGCCAGCGCCCCCAAGAACCAGGUGGUGACCCCAGAGAUGUGCUGCUACUGCUUCGAUGUCCUCUACCGUCACCUCCAUGGCUUCCCUCAGCCUCGACGGCCUGGAUUCCCCGAUGAGCCCUAUCCGCUCUUCGUGACGUGGAAGACGGGGCGGGACCAGCGGCUUCGUGGCUGCGUUGGCACCUUCUCUGCCAUGAAUCUUCACUCGGGGCUCAGGGAGUACACGCUAACCAGCGCACUGAAGGACCGCCGGUUCCCGCCCCUGACCCCAGAGGAGCUGCCGCCCCUUUCCUGCUCCGUCUCCCUCCUGACCAACUUUGAGGAAGCCAGGGGUUAUCUGGACUGGGAGGUAGGCGUCCAUGGGAUUCUGAUUGAGUUCAGCCACGAAAACGGUGUCAGAGGGGCGGCCACAUACUUACCGGAGGUCGCUGAGGAGCAAGGCUGGGAUCAGACCCAGGCAAUCGACGCCUUGCUCCAGAAAGGUGGCUUUCAGGCCCCCAUCACCAGGGAGUUCAGAGAAACGCUCAGGCUCACCAGGUACCGCAGUGAGAAGGUCACAGUCAGUUACGCAGAAUAUGUUGCUUCUCGACAGCACCGUCUCCAGAAUGGCCCUCUUCCUGCCCCAACCCUCUACAGUCACUGCUCCGGACACACGGCUGCAUUCAUUCAGGCCUCGGACCUGCACGUCCACCAUCGGAUCCACACGGGCCGGAAGCUGUACUGCUGCACCGUCUGCCAGGAGAGGUUCACCCACGCGUCCACGCUGCGCGGCCACGAGCGGGUCCACACCCAGGAGAGGCCGUUCCAGUGCGACGUCUGCCUCAAGAGCUUCAGCCACCGAGGGAACCUCAACGUCCACAUGCGCACCCACACGGGCCGGAAGCCCUACCGGUGUCCCCAGUGCGACGGGGCCUUCCGCCAGCUGGGCACGUUCCAACGCCACCGAAGGACCUGCCAAGGAGCGCCCCUGGGGCUCCGGGUCCCUGCUGACCCAGGAGGAAAGGACGGGUCCCCUCUGGUGCAGGAAUGGCCUAUGAGCCCUUAG